UCUGUGUUGAAAUGGUUGAAGCCGUUGUUUUUAAUGACUUGCUGCUGCUGUGUGGCAACUGGGUGCCAGUAUUAUUUAUUUCCCGUUAGCUAGCUCAGCCGGACGACCGGGGGGCACAGCAGCUAACGUUAGUUAGCUAGCUUAACGGAAGGAAGUCAACGUGAAUCCUUCCUUUAACACAGGAAACACAUUUUGAUUUUAAUGACUUUAGGUGGCCUGCCUCCCUGGUCAUCCUCAGCGUGGUGUUGACUCCACCAGGUGCAAGAGCGAGAGGGAUGGAGGAGUCCAAAAGUCCAGUAAAAUCUGUCAAACAGUCUCAACCCAGAGGAGCCAAACCUUUGUCCAGUGAGAAGUCAAGUAGAGGAGAGGGCACCAAGUCUGCAGCCCGCAGCAAAGACAACCUCACUGCCACAAAGGAUGAACAUAAUAUAGGCAGUCAGGGAAGCCGUGGGCCAGGCAAGACUUUCACAGACGUCCCCCAGGACAAGAGGAGAGGACGGUCCUCCAGGCUGACUAGACUGACUGGAAGAACAAGUUCUGGAGAGCGAGGGAAAGGAAAAGCAACAAGCUCACAACAGAAGCCGGUGGCACAGGCUCCUGACUCCAGGGUGUCUAUUUCUCCAGACAACAGGCCCUCAGCAAACCAAGGGACCAGCUCUCAUGUAGUGCCCGGUACACCUGCGAAAGGCCCCACAGAGCCAACCAAGAGCUCCACUAUAGCUCCUGCAAAGGAAAAGUCUCAUGGGGUGAAAGCUGCUGCAUUGAUGCAUCAGUCCGUCAAAGAGGUGAGGCCCACUGUGGAGGAAGGGCCCCUGACAGAGCAACAGCUGGGCCUCCGACAGGCAGAGGAGCGCCUCUAUAGAGACUACAUCCAUCGACUGCUGAAACAGUCCCCCGAGUACCCAAACUAUCAGUACUUAUGCAAGCUGUGUUCUGUGCACAUCGAGAACAUUCAAGGAGCCCACAAACACAUCAAGGAGAAGAGACACAAGAAGAACAUAAUGGAGAAACAGGAGGAGAAUGAGCUGCGUUCCCUGCCGCGCGCCUCCGCUGCCCAGCUGAGGGCCGUGGACGCGGCGGUCCUAGAAACAGCCCGGCAGCACGGCAUCUCGGAGGAGGACUUUGAGGCUCGGAAGGCCGUGGUCAUCAGGAUGGAAGAGAUCAUAAAGAAGCACCUCUCAGCUUGUGCUCUCCGUCUCUAUGGCUCAUGUCUAACCCGAUUUGCCUUCAAGAAGAGUGAUAUCAACAUUGAUAUCACCCACCCCUCCUCAAUGACACAACCUGAGGUCUUGAUUCAAGUCCUGGAAAUCCUUAAGAAGAGCCCCGAAUAUUCUGAGGUUGAGUCCGACUUUCAUGCCAAAGUUCCUGCUGUGUUCUGUCGGGACGUUAGCAAUGGCCUGUUGUGUAAAGUGAGUGCAGGUAAUGACGUUGCUUGUCUCACCACCAAUCACCUGGCAGCCCUCUCGAAACUGGAACCCAGAUUGGUCCCGCUGGUGCUGGCCUUUCGCUACUGGGCAAGGCUGUGUCACAUUGACUGCCAGGCUGAAGGUGGCAUCCCCUCGUACUCCUUCGCCCUCAUGGUCAUCUUCUUCCUGCAGCAGAGGAAAGAGCCCAUCCUCCCCGUCUACCUGGGCCGCUGGAUCGAAGGCUUUGAUGUGAAACGCGUGGACGAGUAUCACCUAACUGGAAUCACUUUGGACAUGUUUGUCCGGUGGGAGCGCAGACCUCCGACCUCCACGGAGAACCGAAACGAGGCCAGAGGAGAAGGCAGACCCAAACCAGAGCAGAAAAAGCCAGAUGAUACUCAUUACUCAGAAGGCUUGACCCGCCUGACCUUGAACCGGGGUAAAGAUGUGUCCCUGGGCCAGUUGUGGUUGGAGCUUUUACGUUUCUACACACUGGAGUUUGCUCUUGAAGACCACAUCAUCAGCAUCCGCCUAAAGGAGCUCCUCUCUAGGGAAGGGAAGAACUGGCCUCGCCGCAGGCUUGCUAUUGAAGAUCCCUUUGCCCUGAAGCGAAAUGUUGCACGCAGCUUGAACAGCCAAAUGGUGUUCGAGUACAUCCAAGAGCGCUUCCGUACGGCUUACAAAUACUUUGCUUGCCCUCAGAGAAGGGGCACUGGGGGGCGCCAGAGAGGCAAGAAGGCAGGAAAGCAACGUGCAAGAUUGCAAAAGGUUGACAAGAAGAAGGAAGAAGACGACGGGACAGGUGAAGGAAGUCCGUGCGCUCCGAGGGGGCACCGGGGGUUUAAGGAGGAUGAGGAGCCGGACAGCGACGAUGAAGAUGGAUCAGAUUCGUUCAGAAAGAAGGAUGAGAAGACUUUAGACGCCAGCCUCAUGGACAUGGUUCUCAAUGAGGGCAACACACCUUCCUUUUCCCCCAACGGCCUGCUGGACAGUGACAAGGAGGGGGAAGAAGAAGAAGAAGAAGAAGAGGAGGAGGAAGAUGAUGAAGAUGAUGAUGAUGAUAAUGAAGAAGAAGAAGAAGAAGAAGAAGUGGAAAGCAGCGUUUCAGAUAAGGACGGACCAGUACCAUCAGAGGAUCUGCACUAUGUGUUUGACAAGAUGAUUUUCACUGGUGGGAAGCCUCCAACGGUUGUGUGCAGCAUCUGCAAGCGAGAUGGUCACUUGAAGGACGAGUGUCCCGAAGACUUCAAGAAGAUUGAGCUGAAGCCUCUGCCUCCGAUGAACGACCGCUUCAGAGAUAUCCUCGAUGGGCUCUGCAGAUUGUGCUACUUUGAAUUGUCACCUACACAUGCUGAGCAGCAGAAGAGGGAGCAGAUCCUCUGCAGCUUGGAGAGGUUCAUAAGGAAGGAGUACAACGAUAAAGCUCAGCUCUGCUUGUUUGGCUCAUCCAAGAACGGCUUCGGCUUCCGAGACAGUGACCUCGACAUCUGCAUGACUCUGGAGGGCCAUGAGACUGCAGAGAGGCUGAACUGCAAAGAGAUCAUUGAAGGCCUUGCAAAAGUGCUAAAGAAGCAUACAGGUUUGAGGAACAUCUUGCCUAUCACAACAGCUAAAGUGCCUAUUGUGAAAUUUGAACACAGACAGAGUGGUUUAGAGGGAGAUAUUAGCCUUUAUAACACGCUGGCUCAACACAACACCAGAAUGCUGGCUAUGUAUGCAGCCCUGGAUCCACGCGUGCAAUUUCUGGGAUACACGAUGAAGGUCUUUGCUAAGCGCUGCGACAUUGGGGAUGCGUCCAGAGGAAGCCUCUCAUCGUAUGCGUACAUCCUCAUGGUGCUUUACUUCCUGCAGCAGAGGCAGCCGCCAGUCAUUCCAGUCCUGCAGGAGAUCUUUGAUGGGAACACUGUCCCCCAGCGGAUGGUAGAUGGCUGGAAUGCUUUCUUUUGUGAUGAUCUUGAUGAUCUGCGUCAGCUUCUCUCAGAGCUGCAGCCUAACACCGAGUCGGUAGGAGAGCUGUGGUUGGGACUCCUGCGCUUUUACACGGAAGAAUUUGACUUCAAAGAGCACGUCAUCAGCAUCCGCCAAAGGAAACGCCUCACCACCUUUGAGAAACAGUGGACCAGUAAAUGCAUCGCUAUUGAAGAUCCCUUUGAUCUGAAUCAUAAUCUUGGUGCUGGAGUUUCUCGCAAAAUGACAAACUUCAUCAUGAAGGCCUUUAUAAAUGGGAGAAAGUUGUUUGGGACUCCGUUCUACCCCAUCCCGGGCACUGAAGUGGACUACUUCUUUGACUCAAAGGUGUUGACCGACGGCGAGUUGGCGCCCAACGACAGGUGCUGCAGGAUCUGCGGGAAGAUCGGGCAUUACAUGAAGGACUGUCCAAAGAGACGCAGGAUGAAGAAGAAGGAAAACGACAAAGACGAGGACGUUAAAGAGGAGGAUCGGGAGCCGAAGGACAGACGUUGUUUCCAGUGUGGGGACAUGGGUCACGUACGGAGGGACUGUCCCGAGUACCGCCACCUCAAACAGAGGACCACUGGAGCACCAGCUCCUCACAUGGUACGAACUAUGGUGAGCUCCCAGUCCAUCCCCAUUCCCCAGACAGCUACAGACUGUCCUGGACGGACCAGACAGCCCUCUGAAUGUUCCGACAGUCGGCAGACUCCGCCCUACUCCCCGCAGCCUGCAGCUGUCCCUCAGAGUUCCUCCCAGUCCUCCAGUUCCCCUCAGCCCUCCCACAUUAAGACCAGCUCCGCGGGUCCCCCGAAGCAACCGGUUCACCCCCAGGUCCCCCUGUCUCUCUUCAGCUUCCCUCCAGGCCAGUACCACCCGGGGGCGCUCACCGCACUGGGGCUUCUUCCCUCUCACCAGUCCCAGGGGCAGCCUCACCACCCGGUCCACAUCCCUUCCACCUCCUGGCCUAUACACGGGCCGGUCCUCACUACGUCCUCUCCCAACGCCCCCUCCCCGCCCGGCCUGAAAUUUGCCCUGCGGUCGGUGUCGGGGAACGGGAGUCCCAAAGGCUCAGGGGGCAGCCCCAGCCCCAUGAACCUGAACGACCCCAGCAUCAUCUUCGCCCAGCCGGCGGGGAGACAGAUGGGCAUCGGGCCGGGUCGGGAAGGACACUGGCACAAUCACUUGGCACAACCUGGGUCACUCAUGGGCAAUGGCACCGUGGUCAAGUCAGAGUCAGGCCACCCGGCCCAGUUUGUAGGCAUGAGCCAAGGCUCGCGGUUAUGGGAGCACAAUAAAACCCCACAGUACGCCCUGUCUCCAUCCUGGCCCUACCGGAUGCCCCAGAACUUCAUCCAGCAGGGCAACGGUCGCUACCAGCCUGGCAAACCCUUCGUGGGCCCAGGGUCUGUGGUGCAUCCGAAUCCAAACUUCCCACUGGUCCCCCACGUCCGACAUCAAGUCAAUCUAAAUUUCAUCCAACAGAAGAAGUGAACCUGCAUCUCUUUUAAUUAGAUCUAUGGUCAGUAACCUAACACAGCAAAAUUAUGUACUCUUUGCAUCAUUUGAUCACAAGGAUUUUUUAAAAAUUAAUUUGUUUCUCAUUUUUGUACAGUUUUUAUGUUUUUAUUUCCUGUCUCAUUACAUUGAUUUGUGAUACAAAUGUCAAAUAUUUUAAUACCCCCAUUUUUGAGGGGGUCCAAAAAAUGUGUUUUUAUUUCAUGUGUAAAGUAAGGAAAAAUAUAAACCUUUAUUUUUAUUAGCUGUAUUCAUACUUUGCUUGCCAAAAGAUGAAGGCUUUGAAUAGACGUUUUAAAAACAUUCUAACAUGUCACCCUAAGUAUGUAGUGCCAAAAGCAGGGUUAGCAAGAAAAAAGGGAAAAAAUCUUAAAUAUAAAAAAGGCUACCAAAAAAAUAAAGGAAAAAAAGCAAACAA